CCUCUAUAUAAACUAAUGAACCGGAGCUAACUACGUGCAUUAUUGUUGUAGACACCUUUGAAACAUAAUUUUUCACGUCACUGGACAAAAUGUUCGCAAAAGUGUUGAUAGUUUUCGCGGCGAUAUCUGCUUGCCACGCGCUCUUCCCGUUUCAUCAUCAUCAUCAUCACCAUCACCACCCCGCUGUGUCUCAUCAGGAGAUCGAGAAGCAUGACGGGCCAGCUCACCCGGUUGCGAUACAUCACCCGGUGCCGAUUCCGAUCCAUCAUCACGUGCCCUUAGUGCAUCACGUACCGAUUCAUCACGAUCAUUAUGCAUUCCCAGAGUACAAAUUCGCUUAUUCAGUCCACGAUCAUCAUACUGGUGAUGUUAAGGCUCAACAUGAGCUGAGGCAUGGAGACAUCGUGAAAGGAGGGUAUGAGCUGGUGGAGCCCGAUGGUAGCUUCAGGAAGGUGGAAUACAAGGCCGAUGAUCAUACUGGGUUUAACGCCAUCGUCCACCAUUCAACUCCUCAUCACCACAUCCACCACGCCCAACAUAUUUAAGGCAUUAUACGUAUUGCUGGCCGGCAUUAGUUUCCGCAAACUGACUGACGGCUGCCUGUCCAUGUUAACAAUGAAAUUAUUCGCAAAUUAAAUACA